AAAAAAAAUCCAAUGUAAUGUAACUUCAGUCAAGAAAACAGCUGAUGGUCUGUGAUUCACCUAAUUUGGGUUUCCACUACCAUGGCAUAGCAUUUGCAAAAUUUGUGUCAAUUUUGAUAAAAUGACCAGCCUAUUCCAAAAAAUUAUCUUUAUUACUGGUUUGUUUACAUGCAAUGUUUUUUCAAAAGAAAGUGAACCCUACUUAACUAUUAUGGUAAACAACCGGCCACUACUGACAGACACGAUCACGGUAAAUAAUGGACAAAAUGUAUACGUCGAUUGUAUUGCGCACCCUUCCCAUCACUCGGCUCUCUGGCUACCAAAGGGUAAACAUUUCAAGCAAAAGGACACAAUUUCAAGUAACACUGCUACUUUAAACUUAACCGACUCGAACGCUGGCAUUUACGUUUGCCAAAGUCUCCCGACAAAAUUGGAAAGAUCCGUCAAUGUUGUGGCUAAAAAACGAAUUAGACGUGACGGAUCAUUCGACUUCACUCUCCCUGAAGGACCAAUCUCAUUUGAGGAUGCGUUACGAUUGCAAAAGGAAUUUUUAGAGAAAUAUAAACGUGAGUAUAUAUUCAAUUUGAAUCUGUUUGAAAUUAUCAUAAUGCUUCUAGUAACCGACUAUAGUAUGCAGAACCACAUACAAGAAGCAGAGGACAGGCGUCGUGAAGCCGAAAUAGAACGCGCUGAAGAACAGAUGAAAGCCAAGAAACGGGAAAGUGUAAAUCGCACUGUCGGUGUAACAGUAGGAGUGCUUGCCAUUGGCGGAGUACUUAUAGCGAUCUUGUGCGUGCUUUGUAGAAAUUCCAAUAGAAAACCGCCGACACCUAUAGCUUCAAUAUCCGUACCCACGAGAACAACUGUCGAACAACUGCGACCUUUAAAUUCUCAUACCGCUCAAUCUCCGUAUCGGCCAAUUGAGACCAACAUUGCACCUUAUCCCCCCACUUCUUUCGCUGUGCGUCCUACUGCACCGACCGCCGUCGAACCGGAAACGCCACCUCCGCCAAGUUAUACCGAGGCUGUGAAUAAUAUGCGACCGACGGCACCGGCAAUUACAACUUAAAAAUUAACUUGAAACCAUGUUUUUUAAUUUAGGUGCUAAUUUAGCCAAAGCCCAAGCUUAGAUGCGACGUUGUCAUUUAAGUGAAUUUAUAAAUUAUUCUAAUAUUGUUAUCUGAAGAGUAUGAUCUAUAAUAAUCGAAUACAUUUUUAUUUUGCA